CCCACUUGGAACCAGAAAAUAAAUUAGCCCAUUUUUUGCCCAUUAUUUAGAAUAAUAAUUCUGGGAAAAUGAGGAAGCCUGGAGAUCAAAUGGUGAAGGAGAAAUUGAAUAACAAUAAGGAUAAAUUGAGGAAGGGUUUAUGGUCACCUGAAGAGGAUGAGAAGCUGAUGAAUUACAUGUUGAUGAAUGGACAAGGUUGCUGGAGUGAUAUUGCUAGGAAUGCCGGAUUGCAGAGGUGUGGGAAGAGUUGCAGGCUUCGAUGGAUUAAUUAUUUGAGACCUGACCUUAAGCGCGGCGCGUUUUCUUCUCAGGAAGAGGAGCUUAUCAUUCAUUUGCAUUCCAUUCUUGGCAAUAGGUGGUCUCAAAUUGCUGCACGUUUACCAGGCAGGACAGACAAUGAAAUAAAGAAUUUUUGGAAUUCCUCCGUAAAGAAGAGGUUGAAAAAUAAUAAUAAUAAUUCAACAUCCUCCCAAGACUCAAUAUCAGAGCCUAGAGGUGCUGUCAUGCAAGGACUAAUACCCAUGAACGGAUAUGAUAUCGCAACAAUGUACAUGGAUUCAACGUCGUCCUCUUCUUCCUCCAUGCAAGCCAUGGUUCUGAACAGCCAGUUCAACCCUUUUCCUCCAAUGGACAACAAAUUUAAUGUCGUAAAUGGUACAAUUGCUGGUUCAUUCGAUUUCUCGACAUGCUUACAAGAAGUUAAUAUGGCAAAUAGGGGAGUUGGGCAGGAUUGUGGAGUCAUGGAACCAUAUGUUAUGGGAUUAGUAAAUGAACUUGCUGUCCCUGCAUUACAGGGUACAGUGACUGAGCCUAAUAAUGCUGUCUAUGACCAUAUUUUUGACACCAAAGCCAACAUCAACAGCCAGUUGAAUAAUAGUACUGAAAGCAUCAAAGUUGAGGACAUUGUGGGGAUUGAAAAUCAUUGGCAAGGAGAUAGCUUCAAAAUGGGAGAAUUAGAUUGGGAGGGUUUGUUGGCAAAUGUCUCCUCCUUACCUUUCCUUGAUUUCCAAGUUGAAUAAUCUCUCUCUUUCUCUAUCUCUUCCCUAUAAUCUUUCCUCCCUCUUUUCUUAAUCUUGAUACUAUUCAAUACCAUUCUCUUAGGACAUUUUGAGAUAUUCAUCUCGAAAAUACUUGAUUUUUCGACUUCAAAAUACUUACUCAAUUGCAAAUUUUCCUUCGCCUUCUUGUUGAUGUUAGGUGGAAGAGCAUUUGGCGGCAGGGACAUUUAUCCUUCAACUCUCUGGUAACUAAAAUGAAUAAUAUUUCUUGUGAAAAAAAAAAUGAGCAUAGUGGAUGGAUGCUGAGGCGAAGAAGAAAAAUAAAGGGAUAUCUGUUCAAUUGUAUAUGUAGGCUUAUGCUUAUGAGUAGAUGAAAUAAUAUCUGAAGAUGAGAAUACUUUUAGUAGAAGAAUGUACUUACAUUAAGAAUAAUGAAACUGUGGUAGUUGCUAUACUAGUUAAAAACAGUAUAUUAGGGUUUUAUUUUUAUUUUAUUUUUUAUUUUUGCCUAUCAAUAAAAUUAUGAAACACACAUACUGGUUU